AUGUCCGGCCAGUCGACUUCUGGCUCGGACUCUGACUCGAGCAGGGACGGGCUCGAAAGGUGGUCGGAGGAUUCCAACACCGACUCGGGCUGUAACAAAAAGGGAGCAGCAGCAUACAAGACCACUAGCUGCAGAUGCGCUGCCCAAGUAUUUCUGCUCAUCUUCUUCUUUGGAGCAGAGUAUUUCCUCCUGACCAUCAUGUGCUAUGACCGCUACGUGUCCAUCUGCAAACCCCUGCACUAUGGGACCCUUGUUCUGUACUCGGUGGUGCCUCCAGUACUUAACCCCCUCAUCUACAGCCUGAGAAACCAGGAGCUCAAGCCCAUUGCUGUUGGUGUGGAGACAUGA